AUGAUGGCAACAAAGCAAUUUAGUGUUUGGGACAUGCCAAUUAAUGUUGAGCAAAAGAAAUUUAAAUCUGACGAUGAUGAUAAUAAUGAUGAUGAUAAAGAUGAACAAAGACGAAACAGAUCCAAGCGACGCUCAGCAGCCUUUUACAAAUGUUGUUGUCCAUGUUCAACUCCUGUUAUAAUUGGCUUUGUGAUUGGAUCAUUGCUUGCCGGUAUCGCCCUUGCAACAGUUCUCUCAAUGUAUUUAGUUGAUUCAAGCAAAACAAAAAGUCUUUCAACUAAUGUUACUACAGUGACGACUAGCACUUCGACUACAGGCACAACAACAACAGCUACAACUACUACUACUACAUCGGCUACGACUACUACUACUACAUCGGUUACGACUACUACUUCUACGUCGACUACUACUACUGCACCUUAUUGUACGACACGUGUCACAUUCGAUGAUAUUUCUGGUCAAUCAAGCACUUCUGGUAUUGUUCCAAAUGGAUACAAAAAUCUCAAUUGGACAAAUGUCAUGUAUCUCAAUGCAUCAACAAUGCCAACAAGUGGUUAUCAAACUAUUACUACUUCUCCACCAUUUGUUGGUUAUAAUCCAGGAGGUGCAACGGUUAUGAUAACGACAGCUAAUGGUACAAAAUUUGCUUUUAACUCAGUAGUUGUUUCAUCUGCUUGGCGAGAUAAUCUUACCUGGUCCAUAUAUGGUUUUCGUGCUGGUACUAAUGUGGUGGCUGGCAGCUUUUCAAUGUCAGUGUUAAAUAAAACAAUAAUCUCAUGUGGUGCAUGUUCUAAUUGGGAUACGAUUUAUUUCAUAUCUUCAGGCGGGACACCACGUGCAGGACUAGCUGAAAAUGGAACAGAAUUUGCUUUUGAUGAUUUGUGUAUUUCAUUUGGAUACUAA